AUGAGCUCAUGGGUGAUUGCCAGNNNNGCUCCUACUGAGGCCAUGUCUGCUCAAGCCUACUUGCCCGUUGCUGAGUCGUUCGGAUUCACUGGUGCUCUCCGUCAGGCUACCUCUGGUCAGGCCUUCCCUCAGUGCGUGUUCGAUCAUUGGGAGGCUCUUCCCGGUGAUCCGAUGCAGGAGGGUUCCAAGGCUCAGGAGCUCGUUCUCAACAUCCGUAAGCGCAAGAACAUCAAGGUUGAGAUGCCCGAUCUCUCCAACUACAUGGAUAAGCUCUAA